AUGUCGACUUCUGACCAUCCCGAAACAGAUGUUCAGACGGAACGCGUCAACCGCGUUCUCGAAGAGAUUCUUCGAGGGUACGUCCACUCGUUUACGAGCUGGAGUGAGUUCUUGCCGAUGGCGGAAUUCGCCAUCAACAACUCGGUGCAUGCGUCGACAACGCAUACACCGUUCUUCGUGAAUGCCUACGCCAUCCACGUUUACCCGCCUUCUUCGAGUGUGACUCUAUUUUAA